AUGGCAGCUUUCAGGACGAUCGCAUCUCUUUCGAAGAGGGUGCUGUUUACAAAUGCACUUAAUACAGCACAACCUGUCGCAUGGCAACCCCUAAGAUGCAUGUCAUCAGGCCAAUAUCAACAUAUUUUGGUGGAAAAGCGUGGUGAGAAUAAGAAUGUUGGAUUUAUUCAGUUGAACCGGCCAAAAGCUCUGAAUGCUUUGUGUGAUGCCUUGAUGAUUGAAACUAAUGAUGCCAUUGAAAACUUUGAUGUAGAUGACAGUGUUGGCUGCAUUGUCCUUACAGGGUCGGACAGAGCAUUCGCUGCUGGAGCAGAUAUCAAGGAAAUGUCAACUCAGGAAUUCUCAAAUGUUUGGAGGAAAAACUUUCUUGCUCAUUGGUCAAAGCUUGAAAAGUGUUCCAAACCUAUCAUUGCUGCUGUGAAUGGCUAUGCACUUGGAGGAGGUUGUGAGCUGGCCAUGAUGUGUGACAUGAUCUAUGCUGGAGAGAAGGCACAGUUUGGACAGCCAGAGAUUACACUGGGCACCAUACCAGGGGCUGGAGGAACCCAGAGGUUAUGUAAAGCUGUAGGGAAAUCAAAGGCCAUGGAGAUUAUCCUCACUGGAAACUUCAUGUCUGCAGCUGAUGCUGAGAAGGCAGGUUUAGUCAGUAAAGUUUUACCUGUAGACCAGUUAGUUGAUGAGGCUGUGAAGACGGCAGAGAAAAUAAGCAGCUUCUCCAAGAUCACUGUAGGCAUGUGCAAGGAAGCAGUCAAUUCUGCAUAUGAACUUUCUUUAGCUGAGGGUCUUCAUUUUGAGAAGAGACUUUUCCACGCUACAUUUGCAACUAACGACAGGAAAGAAGGAAUGGACGCAUUUGUUGAGAAGAGGAAAGCAAAAUUCACUGACAGCUGAAUUGAAUGAAUUUGCACAAUAUGGGGGACUUAAGUAAUUGGGAAAGAUGAUUAAAUAAACAAGUUGCUCUUAACUUUGUCGUACAAUCAAAUGCUAAUCAGAUUCUAAUUAUCACCAGGAGAAAGGCCAUGUGGUGAAUCAAAGCUUGAUACAGAUUGUAAACUAACAAAAUAUAGCUAGGCAUGGUUCUACUGUGUUACUCUGUAGAUGCUCCUUCCCUUGAUCUCAUACACUGGAACUUUUAGAAAAUACUAUUGGGCAGAUUACAACUAAGUGCUUUUGUAAACCACUCUUUGAGACACUGAUAACUUAUUAAGCUGCUCUUUCUGGUGGAAUGAUUUGAAUUUAGAAAACUGUAUUGAUAGUUGAAGUCGGACAUUGGGGCUGAAAUUAAGGAGUCAGUUUCUCUUCUAAAUAUGGAGCGUUCGCAAAUAUGUGCCAUUGAAAUACAGGGUAAUACUAACUGGGCUGUUAUUAGUGACUUGAGUUGUCAAAGGAACUUGAGAUUGAAGUAAGAGUUGUUGAAGUGUGGCUUAUUGUAUAACGAUGAAAUAACUUUUGAAGUUUAAAUUGGAAUAAUAUUUUUCAUUGACACAUUUAAAAUGGAGAUUCUAAUGAACUUGUAUUUAGUGAAUUCAAAUUGACUGUUAAUUGGUUGAGACUUGUGAUAAUUUUCCUUGUGUUUCGGUUUUGACAGUAGAAUAUGUACAGAUGUAAUGUAAAUGUGGUCAUCAUGUCGUGUCUCCACAUAAAAAAAUUCCUUCUCAGGUUUUGAGUCGGAAUAUUUAGUUUUCUCAGGACUUUUUUCUUUUAUAAUCAGAUUGAAAUAAAUUGAAUAAACCAUAGUAAGCAGAUAUUCGAAUGUAAAGUGUGAUUGUGAAAAUAUUCAUGUUGAUUUAAUAGAUGAAUACGAAUGUGUCCUGUUGAUUACUGAAUUGGUGUUUAAAACCCAAUUUUACUAAAGUCUGUGAUUGUAUUCAUAUUAAUUUCAUAGAAUUUUAUUGAAUGUGGGGCUUUCUAAGGCUCAGACUGCUUCGUAGUGCUCACACAUAUAUUAUACACAUUAUGUGAUACUGAGAUGAUGGUAUGCCAUAUUACAUUGAAAGAAUGAGAAAAAUCAAUAAAAAAUCAUGCAUUUUCA